AUGGGUAUCAAGGGAAUAUACGGGGAGAUCGGCCCAGGUGAAAGGGUAGCGCUCUCUAAACUUGCUAUUGAGAAAUUCGAGCAAACUAGCCGGCCGUUGCGAGUUGCCAUCGAUGUCUCAAUAUGGCAGUUCCAAAUCCAAGCUGGGCAAGGCGGUACGAAUCCAGCAAUUCGAACCCUAUAUUACCGUCUUUUAAGGCUGCUCUCCGUCUCGGUACAACCUUUGUUUGUGUUUGAUGGGCCUCACAAGCCUCCUUUUAAACGCAACAAGAAGACUGGCCAGGGUGGGGCCAUGGUUCCGAACAUGUUGACCAAACAACUCCUUAAGCUAUUCGGAUUUCCAUUUCAUACCGCUCCUGGAGAGGCCGAGGCCGAGUGCGCCUUGUUGCAACGCGAGGGCCUUGUUGAUGCCGUCCUUAGUGAAGAUGUUGAUACUUUGAUGUUCGGAUGUGGUUUGACUUUCCGAAAUUGGUCUUCAGAGGGCACCAAAGGGAACAAGUCACCAACCCAUGUCUCCGUAUACGAUGCCAAAAAGACUAAAGCAGGAAAAUCUGGACUUGACCGCGAAGGCAUGGUUCUGGUAGCCCUCAUGAGUGGCGGUGAUUAUAUCACCGAGGGUAUUCCAGGCUGCGGCAUUAAGGUUGCUUGUGAAGCUGCCAGGGCUGGUUUCGGGAAAUCACUGUGCCAUCUAUCGAAAUCAGAUGCCACCGCAUUAGAGACAUGGAGGAAAAGUCUAGCUCGCGAAAUUCAGACAAAUGAGAGCAAGUAUUUCAGGGUCAAGCACAAAGCGCUCAAGAUCCACGACAGUUUCCCAAAUACAGAGGUUUUGGGUUAUUACACGCAUCCGGUGGUCUCAUCUGCGUCCAAACUUCAGAAAUUGAAGGAAGAUAUUUCAUGGGAUAGCCAGGUCGAUGUUCAGGGACUUCGACUCUUCGUCGCCGAGGCAUUCGACUGGACUCACAAAACGGGAGCGAGGAAGUUUAUUCGAGGUCUUGCACCUGUAUUGCUGGUUCACAAGCUGCGGUUAAAAGCAGACCGGAGGGACUCGGGUUAUGGGGAUCUAAUCCUAACUGCCAUGAAUGAAAUGGAAUUAGUACGAGAGAUCUGCGGGAAGAGGACGCACAUCACCUCGGACGGGAUACCCGAGUUAAGAGUCAUAUAUCACCCGCUUGAUAUUGUCGGUAUCGAUCUAGAUGCCGAGGACAGCGAUAGUGAAGAUUUUGGAAGAGAUGGUCUAGCUCCUGUUAAUGACGAUGAUCAAGUUGACGCAUAUCAAUCUGAUAACGACAGACGAUCAAGGUCAGCGAGCCCGACGAAACGGGCUCCAUCUAUAUACGACCCCGCUCAACCAGAUAAACUGUGGAUGCCUGAAACGAUUGUCAAAAUUGGUGUUCCCUUAAAGGCGGAAGAUUACGAAGCGUCGCUAAGAGAUCCGAAGAAAAUUUUGAAGGCAAAAGCCGCUGCUAAAAGAGCUGUGGCCCAAGGAGGUGUGUCAAAGGGCGCAAUGGACCGCUUUGUUAAGGUCUCGAAACCCGGCUCAGGGAGUACGGCUUCGGAUACUUCUAUACUAUCCAAGAAGCCGCAUCAAGACUCGGACCUGCCACCAGUUUAUUUGGCUCCUAUAUUGAAGAAACUUCUACCUGAACAACUACCCCCAUCAAUCGCGGCUAGCAAGGCAAUCCGAACCACACGAGUAACAAGAGGUUCAGUGGCUCAAAAUGUGCCCUCAUCAACAGCUGCAACAACCAGGACGAGAAGAAAGGCCGCAACCAAAGAAAAGCCCCAAUCAUCCACCAACCCGUGGACACGGUCCAACCCUAAUUCCUCCUCUCAAGCAAGUCCGGCAGUUACUAAAUCCCUCAACCAACCUACUAAAUCAAGUCCCCCUCGAUCCUUCAAGCACUCUGAAUACCCGAUUGAUAUACAAUCAAGUCCACCCGCACGGCAACCCUCCCCACCAGCGAACACCUCAUCCCCUAUUGCAAGGAAACAUAGCCAUUCUAUCACCCCAUUCGACAGCGACUCUGAAAUCGAGGCCUCUCCGGAAUCGCCAAAAUCCCGAUCCAAAGAUAGCCGUAUUGACACACAAUCAGCAGCAGAAGAUGAUCGGCCCAGGCCAUCCCCACGCAAGAAAAAACGUUCCCCAACCUCGCUCCACGAGAAUAACCCCCCAACACCUCCAGACUUUCAAAGUGGGAGACCAGAUUCACCAUCGCCCUCUUUUUCUCCUACUCAGAGCAUAAAUCUCGGUUCACCUAAUAUCAAAAACGCAAACGAAUCAGAGAUAAGAGCAGCAAGAAGCUCACCAUCCCCAUCGCCGGAACUCUACCACCCAGUACGAGAGAAACCCUCCCCUAUAUCUCGAGGAUCAAGAAUCCCCCAGCCCAAAGGAAAAAGCCGAGAAAUUAUAUCCCUAUCCUCAUCGCCUCCCGUUCCUUCCCCGUCCGCAUCCCUCCUAAACCCCCAUGAAGACACCGAGUACCAGGAGCAUAUAGAAUCUAACGAAACAACGAGUACUACGGGAGAAGAGCCAGAGCCACUGAAGAAACCGAAAGGAAAGAAAUACCUCAUGUUAAGGGAGAGUUUGCCUGGUGCUUGGAAAUCAGUCGGGGAGGAGGAGAUGGAGAGGAAACCUAGGGGGCAGGGGAGGGCGUGGAGGAUGAGUCAGGUUGAGAUUUUAGAUUUGUGUAAUGAUUGA